AAAUAAUAUGAACAUGUAAAAGCAGUCAAAGAUGGAUGUCUGAGGACACUUCCCACUUGUAGAUUUGACUCAUUUUCUGUAAAGAAUCCUUUACUGUGGAAUUUAGUAAACCUUUGCCAUACCGAAUCAAUAAAAAUUUGAACUAAAAAUGUCGAGGUUAAGGGAGAAUCCGGAGAAGCUGUUUGAAGUGUUUAUUGAGGUUGGAAAACCAACAGCGCAUAAAUCAGAGCCAUUUAUUCUACAGAAGUAUCCACUUGACUUCAAUGAUGAGGAAGUGUUAAAGUCUGUACCUAAGUUUGCGUUUCCAUGUGACACAGAAAGGUAUACGACCACUGUGGACCACUUCACGUUCACACUCACCGACCUGGACAGCAAGUUUCGCUUUGGGUUCUGUCGCCACGCAACGGGGGCUCAAACCUGCCUGUGUAUAGUCAGUUUCCUCCCAUGGUUUGAAGUGUUUUACAACUUGCUAAACAUUCUCGCGGAAAUCACAAAUCGGACAGACGACAACGAUGUCACAGCCAUGCUGCGGGCUGCAUACGUUCAGGAAGUACCUGGAUCUGGACUUCCUGUCACCAUAGUGUCUGGUCAGGAGAUGAUGAGCUUCAAGGCACCAGAAGUCAAUAAAUUACCCAGCAUUCCUGCCAGCAGAAACCUCCUUGAGUAUUACAAUGCAGUGGACACUGAAAACAUGAUGACAAUAUUUGCGAGCAUGCUACAUGAGAGGAGAAUCAUUGUCACCUCUAAGAAGUUGAGUCGCCUUACAGCCGUAGUGUACGCCUCGAGCAAUCUACUCUAUCCCAUGUAUUGGCAACAUCUUUUCAUACCUGUCCUACCGGAAUUCCUUAAAGACUAUUUGAGUGCACCAAUGCCAUUUGUAAUUGGAGUACAUGUGACAUUAAUGGAGAAAGUGAAUAAAAUGGAACUGGGAGAUGCAGUCAUAGUGGAUGCAGACAAUAACAAGGUCACCACUCAAUACGAUGACCUGGUUGAUCUACCAGAAGAAGUGUCCCAUUAUUUGAAGAAGUAUCUUAAGGGUGAGAAGCUGUCAGCCUCCAUGCAGGGAGCAGGGGAUGCCAUAUCAAAGACAUUCAUGAUGUCCCUUGUGAAAUUAAUAGGUGGUUACAGGGAUGCGCUGAAGUUCACAGAAGGGGAGACAAUCACGUUCAGUCCAGAGGCAUUCGUACAGUCGAGGCCCCUGUCCAUGCAACCCUUCUUGCAAAACAUGCUGCACUUGCAGAUCUUCCAACAGUUUAUCGUUGACCGCCUGGACAUGCUGAACUGUGGAGCAGGGUUUGCAGACUUGUUUGAGCAGGAGUGCCUGGUCCAUGCAGAUAAACUGAACUCACAGACACGUUACAAUGAAUGGCUCGGCAAAAUGAAGAAACAAGGGAAGAAACUCCAAAAGGGAGGCAAGGAUGUCUGGUCAGACUUCAAAGUGAAGGCAAAGCCGGUUAUGAAGGAAGCUAGAGGAGUGAUGGAUAUCGUAACCAAUCGGGCAAAACCAAUAAUAAAAGAGGCAAAAGGAAAGAUGAAUCUGGUCACUAAUCAGGUAAAAACCCAGGGUAAAAAAGCAUAUUCAAAGGCUAGGACCAAAUUCAAUGAUUUUAAGAAGGAUGAUGAUUCCCCAAAAUCUGGGUCGCCCAAAACGGCAAAGUCUGUCCGUCAUGGGCCCAAAACAAAGUCUUUUUCAAAAGACAAACCACCUGAUCUAUCGAGAGAUAGACCAUCAACAAUUGUCGGGAAGCCUCUUGUAUCACAGAGACCAAUACGACCUUCGACCACCAGCCCAGCCUUGGUUGGAGGACAUUCAACCCAUAUGAGCAUACCAACCACGUUUGUGUCCCACGUGGAUGGAGACAAGUGCGUGAGCCCGAGCCCUGAUGAUAACGAUGUGAUGGUGUACAACAGGGUGAGCUGCACCCUCAUGGCUGACCCUGACAUACAAAAUGCCAUCUACAAGUCAGCCAGCGCCGAACACCUGCCAGGAUCUAAACUCUUCAUCAAGUCUAAUGACAGCAGCGACUCAUCGUCUACCGACGGUGACCUUGACGGUGGUGGGGGACCAGACGCGUAUUCUCCAUUCAAGGGAGAUAACUCCAUGUAUAGUCAGCUCCUUGACGAUGAUGACAGCGGCAUCGUCAUGAGAACCAGCUCCCAGACUUCUCUAGAACAAUCAAAACCUGAUUUUGGUAAAUUUGAAAAUAACUGGAAACCAAAUGUUACUUCUGAAAGUCAGUCUUACGGUACUGAAGAAAUAAAUCAAAGGCCGCCACUGCCAGCCCCUCGUAAAAGUUUGAGUGGGGUUGGUUCUACCCAAGUGUUGAGUUCGAGUGGAACCGGCUCUACCCCAGUAAGCGACAGGUUGAUUGGGAGGCACGUUGCUGCAAGGGAAAGACCUAAACCACUCCCUAGACGCCAGUCUGUGGACAGUAAAGAUCAUGGUGAUACCAGCACAGACGAUGCAAAAGUGAAGAAUUUGCCAAAUAAUUCAGGAGACAAUUUAAUUACUCUUAAAGCCACCGACCCUGUGACUCCUAAGCCAGACCUGUUUGAUUUAGAAAGUGAGUUCAGUAAUUUAAAAAGCAGUGGGGAUUAUGUGGUACUUCGAGAGCCGAAGGUUUCGCGACGUAUAAGUACUGACGCUGACAAGCGGGCAAGCGUUUCUCGAAGCCCUGCUUUAAAACUGGGGCAGGACGAAACUCCAAAGCGUCCAAGCGUACGUCGAGAUAGAUCACCUGUGUCUCCGAUGGAUCCUUUGCCUCAGACAUCCGUGUUAGACUUUGACCCAUUGCUCGAUAGCCAGGCAGCGUUGCCCAGUUCACAAGGGGAUGCCACAAAGCCAAUUCUUACUACUGACAAUAACUCAGAUUCCUUGCUUCAUGACUGGCAUAUAGGACACUUGUCGACCAAUCUUUCCAGUAACUCACCAGUCAAGACACAUUCCCGUUCUAGCCCUAGCUUUCCUUAUGGACAAUACGCUUCCCGUCCCCCUAGACCCCAGCCUAUGAAUGCCCCCACUAUACCACAGUUUUAUUCCCCUCGACCAAACUCCAUACCCAGCCAACAAUGGCAUUUGGUCAAUGCUCCCAUGGGCACUCAAACACCAUUACCUCUCUCGCAAUCGAGACCUCAUGUUCCUGCAAGACCAGUAACAAAACCAGAUUUCACCAGACAAAUGAACAAGUCUAGUGCUGCAGUUAACCAGUCUGGUGCUGGAAACCAGUAUAAAGAUCCAUUUGCUGAUCUAAUAAACAUUACACAGUCCACAUCUGCAAACCAAUCUGCCAAACAGCCGCAAAAGCAGAAUUCUUGGGAAACAUUUAUUGAAUAACACAAAAGAACAAAAUAUUUAAUUUUCCAAGUAUUUUCAUCAAGUCUUUAUGUUUAUGAUAGCUUUACUAGCUUUACGACUUUCAAUUACCACAUUUUUAUAUCAACAUUAUUCAAAUAUGAUGGAAGAAUUUUCACUUUUCUGUAAAAAAAACAAUCCUAUACAGGUGGCAUACAUUUGUUUACAUUAAGUAAUUACUGAUGCAGAUGUAUACGUUUGUAUACUUAUUUUUAAUUAGAUAAAAUUAAAUAUUAUGUAAAAAUGGUCAGGGCUUUGCUACGUUAAUUUUAUGUUCAGUACUUGUUAUGUAGCAUUGUUUUUUACUGAUUUGAAAAAAACUGCAUUUAGCAUUAAUUGUUUGUAUCUCGGAACAUUGUUUCUAUAUCUGUUCUUGUGUGUGUGUGUUUUCAAGCUGGCUUCAUCAGGGUUAAGAAUUGUACAUUUUAAUUGUAAAAUUAUAAAAUUGUGAUACUUUUUUUAGGAUUGUGCAAUAUUUGUACCUUGUAUUACGUACAUGAAGAUGACAUUGUUUUCAUGACAUGGCAAACCGAACUACCGAAAUCUGUAGAUAUAUUCUUACAGUGUUCAUGAGUAAACUUUUGGAUACAGAUUGGGAAUAUAAAGUAAAACAUAAACAGUAUGAAGUGUUUUUUUUCUAAAUCUUAUAAAAAGACUUAUACUAAGCUUUCUCCCCCCCCCCCCCCCAUCAAAAGAUCUUUGGAUUGCAUAUUAUGAAAAUUACAGAAUCAUACAAUGUUUUAAUCUUUUCACCGUUUUUCAAUGCACCAGUAAUGACAAAGUGUUAAUUCUGUAAGAUGCUGAUGUUUUGUGUACUUGAGUAAUUACCUUUUACAUCAAGUCUUCACUGACAAAAUAACACCCCAUUGGUUUUACCAAAGCCUUAUUUCUCCUUUGUUAGUGAACAUCACUUGAAGCACAAAUAUUUUGAUGUUCUUUUUUUUUCUUUUCAAUAUAUCAGUUUAUCUUUAUCAUAUUUUCUGGUAUUUUAUUUUGUUUAUUACUUAAAAGUGAUUAAAAAAUAAGAGAAUGAUGGGAUAAAUAAAAUACCUGGAAAAUAAUGAAUAUAGCCAACAAUUUGGUAAAGGUUUUCGAAUCCUCGCUAAACAAACAUGUCUGUACCCAGAGUGGAAUAAACAGAUCUGUUUUCGAGAGUGAAUUAAACAUAUUUGUAUACAGAGAUAUAUAUACACAUCAUUCUGUAUCCAAAGUGAAAAAGACACAUAUGUACACAGAGUAAAAUAAAAAACAACUGUAUCCAACACAGAGCAUGUAUUGUCUAUUUACACAACUUUGAAUAUUGCAGGACUAAGAUAGUAUCAGUUAAGUUAAGUAUUAUCAAAUCUAACUUACUGACGUCUAAAGAGUAUAAUUAUGCGUCCACAUUCCAAUUUAUCAAACAAGUGACAUUGUCAUGGAAACUUUCUGUAAGAAUUAUGUAAUAUUAUCUGCAGUGUUAGUCUUAGGAAAGAGAUUAUUAUUUAUGUUUGUAUGUGUUUCACAUUGUUAUUUUUUAUGUACUGGUACACCAUAUCUAUACAUUUGUAUUCAAAUGCUAAUUAUUUCUUCACAGAUGUUGAAUUUAUCCAAUCAAUUUCUUCUUCAAAAAAGUCCACGCAUGCAUAAAUGUGGGUCUGGUUACUUUUUAUCUGUGUACUUAUAAAUAAAUACAAUAGAUAUGAAGUACAUGCAUGUUAUGCAAUGUAAAAAUAAUACAUUAAAAUAUUCACAUUUAAUAGGGCAUUUCAAGCUUUUUGAGUUUGCUAUCGGUAAUAAUUCAGAAAAUACUUGUAGUAGAAUUUGCAUUUUUUCAUUACUCAUUAGUGAAAUUGUUCCCUAAAUUUACUGUCUAUAAGAACUGUCCGGCAAAAAGGUCAGUUUUACUUCAUACAACAAAAAGUUUUGUGGCAAAAAUCAGUUUGUCCAAACUAAGUAUUUUGAAAAAAAAAUCAACUGUCUACAGGAAGAGGAAUUCACGAGGACCCGCUUGCCAACAGCCACUAAAAUUUGUGGCGAGCCCCUAGACUUUAUAAGACAUCUAAAGAAGAAGUAUUGAGAGCAGAAUAAUGUGCAGCUGCUGUCAAAAUGUUAGUUUCUGUACCUCUUUGUAGGUACUUAUUUCUCGUACUUUGCAAAACUUUUGAAUGCAACUUGUUUACUACCCAAAACAAUAUAAUUUAGAUAUCGUGUCAUUUUGUAAAUUGUCUCUCACUAUGUUAAAACUUCUUUCAAAAGUGUGUUCAUGUUUCAUUCCAAAGCAUAUGUGUUUUGCACAAACAAUGCCAACAGUAAAACAACAUGUACAAUGUUUUGUACAUUUAUGUAGUGCUGAAUUGUAUCUAAUAUUGUUUUAUUAUACAGUUUGCUUCUAUCAUUUCUGCACAUCUUUGAAGCCAGUCUGCAUCAUAGUAGUUCAUAGCUGUUUUUAUUUCAAUUUUGGCAUUUGUCAACAUUAAAACUGCAGUAUACACAAA